AUGAGCACGGCCAAAUGCAGAUCUCAUGGGGAACAGUUCCCAAGAAUCUCUCGUGACCGUCUGAGAUCCAAAUUAGUUAAGCAGUUCGAGACACCUUGGACCAUCUGUGAUCUUGAAGACGUGAUUACGGGUCGCCCUGGAAGAGCCACGGACCUCGAAGCCUGUAAGCUGCGAAACUCCCGUGGCAUCUACGGUCAGAGAGGAGACGAUCUUCACUUUCGGACGGACAUCGCCGUUGCUGCUGGGGAUGAGCUUCUGAAGGCCGCGAGACGCACCGCGCUUCGCAAAUAUCCGGGCAUGGAGGCUGAUGGUAGCGUGCUACUUGUCCUGGCAGCGGGCUGGAACGCGGAUCACACUACGUUUGACUGUUUGGAUUCUGACGGGCAUGCCUGGCGAAAGGCGGAGCUUGUUGCGCUUGCAGAGCUAUGUGCCCUAGACGGUCAUCCAGCUUCGACCUUCCGAGUAAAAUUCAAGCAAUUGCUUCGCAGGCUGCAGGGGGAGCAUACGGCUUUCCUGCUGCAGCCCAUCUCCGACAUAUGCGCAAUAGCACCUUCGAACACAAGCGAGCUCCAACGUGCACUUGAGCAUACGCUUUCAGCACCGGCUGAAGCGAGAAAGGCAUCCUGCCUGCUUUGGCCGCAGCAAAAACGCCAACGCUGUCAGACUGAUGCUGAGAAACUUUCAGAGCUUACUGGAAUACCUGAAGAGACUGCGCAGUCCAUUCUUGAAGCAACGGGUACCAUUGCAGGUGCCCUGCAGCAUCCCAUGUUUCAGCCGACACCCCAACUUGCCGCUAGAUCUUUCAAGCAAAGGCUGCGGCAACCUGUUGAGGUCAUCAACCUGGAUGAUGACCUGGAUGACCCU